CCCGGAUUUUAUUUUCCACCCAAAAACAAAUAUUUUUUUAACCCUCUCUGUUUGGCUCAUUCUCUCCUUCUCUUUCCCCUCCAAUCUCUCCCCUAUAUAAAUUCUCACUUGUUCAGGCUGGAGUGAAAACGAAUCUUUCCUUCCUUCUUUCCUUUCUCUCAGCAAGUUAAAAUUUCUCUUUGUGGUUGUUUCUGCCAUAGUUUUCUCUACAAAUCAAACGUAUGCUUGCCAUGGAGAAUAUUGAGAAUAUUGGUGAUGAGUACAAAAAUUAUUGGGAGACGAAAUAUUUCCUUGAAAACGAAGAAUAUAGUUGGGCAAUUGAUGAGUUCUCUGGGUAUUAUGAUUCGAGUUCUCCUGAUGGAGCAGCAUCCUCUGCAGCCUCUAAGAACAUCGUUUCUGAGAGAAACAGGAGAAAGAAGCUUAACGAACGCCUCUUUGCCCUCAGAGCAGUUGUUCCCAAUAUCAGCAAGAUGGACAAGGCUUCGAUAAUCAAGGAUGCCAUUGACUACAUCCAGGAACUGCAUGAGCAGGAGACCAGAAUCAAGGCUGAGAUACUGGAACUGGAGUCAGGAAAACUGAAGAAAAAUCCAGGGUACGAGUAUGACCAAGAGCUUCCGGUGCUGCUAAGAUCCAAGAAGACCAAACUGGAGAACAUAUUUGAUUAUGGGGGAUCAAGAACUUCCCCUAUUGAAGUUCUUGAACUGAAAGUGACGCACAUGGCAGAGAAGACAAUCGUGGUGAGCAUUACAUGCAGUAAGAGGACAGAUACGAUGGUUAAAUUGUGUGAGGUUUUCGAAUCUUUGAAGCUGAAAAUUAUUACAGCCAACAUCACUGCUGUCUCAGGGAGGCUGUUGAAAACCGUGUUUAUUGAGGCUGAUGAAAAGGAGAAAGAUGAGUUAAAGGUGCAGAUUGAGACAGCCAUUGCAGCUCUUAAUGAUCCUCAAAGUCCUAUGAGCAUGUAAUGAAACCAUAUCCAAGUGAAUCAAAUUUCUGUCAAUUUCCCUCAUGGACGCCUCUUGUUCCCUUUCACUAUGGCCGCCUUUUGUUAUUUUCUUUUAGCUUUUGGUUUCUCUUGAAAAAAUCUUCGUGGUUGAAAUGUAUAAUAAGUGUCUGCUCCAAAGUUCCCUGUUUGAAAUUUCAAUAGAAUAAUAACAAUUUUCGCUUUCGAAAAUCCCAAAAAAAAAAGGGAAUCCGUCUGUAAAAGGCUUUUCUUGUAACAUAAUAUGUCAAUUGUCAGUCUGUUUCACUGCCACUCUGGCACUUGUGCAAUCAAA